GGGAGGGAAGAUACAAGUCCAUUCUGUAUCCAAAUAAUGUCUGUGCUUCAUCAUGGGCGAGCGAGUGCAAAAUUGGGCACCAUAUCAACAUUACCCAAUUCAUUCAUGUAUGUGCAUUUCUACGCAUCAACUAUGGGAUGACUCCACAGAAAAAUAUUAUUUUUAGUUUUAUUUUCAUACUGUAUAUAUCUAAUUAUUAAAUAUUUAACUAAAGUAGUAGGAGGAAACAAGAAUCACAAGCUUUCUUGCACUAUUUAUAGAACCACAAGCUGAGCUUUUCCACCAUGCAUGCAUGGCUUCUAAAUCAUCUCCCAACCAUUCAUAACUCGGCACUCUAAAUUUAACCCGCCCGCAGCACAACCACAAAAGCUUCUUAUAAAUACGGACCGUCUCCCCCGUUACCAAAUCACCUCCACAUUCACCACCUCCUCUCCUCCACCACUAUCCAAUAACCCCCGGCCGCCGUCGCCGCCACAGCAGCCGGGGGCAGCCAUGGGCGCCUGCGCAACCAAGCCCAAGACGCUUGAGGGCAAGGCCCCCGCCGAGGCCAAGGUUGCUCCCGAGACCACCGUCCCCACCGAGGAGGUUGCGGCGCCUGAUGAACAGGUAGUCGAGAAGGUGGAGGAGGAGGCCAAGGAGGAGCCGGCGGCGCCCGCAGAGCUGCCUGCCCCCGCCGAGCCCGAUCAGCAGAAGGCUGAGGCAGUUCCGGAGGCGAUCGCCGAGCCCGAGCAUGAGGAAGAGGAGCUAGUCUUGGAGAAGACGAUCGUCGAGGAGGAGAAGCCUGCUUCAGCCCCUGCCCCUGUGGAGGAGAAGGCCGCCACUGUCGCCGAGGUGGCGGAGGAGCCCACGGAGGUGAAGACGAAGGACGCCGAGGAGGAGGAGAAGGAGAAGCCGGCGCAGAGCUGAUCGAUCGACGACCGCGUCCAUGUCGACUGGCUCCUGCCUGUGAUCAAUGUGCAUGCCGUGAGCGUGCGCCUUGAAAUCUCUAGAGUUGGCUCAUCAUAUGUAUAGCUCGGGAGAGGGAUCCGAUCCACUCUGUAACAACCUUUGAUGUCUCCCAGUUUUUUCCUCCACGGCGUUCUGAUAAACGACAUUAUUGGGCUUAUCGAACAUCUUGGUCUCUAA